CCGCGGCCGCCCGGGUCCGCCCGGGUCCGCCCGGGUCCGCCCGCCUCUCCAGCACCCCGCCGGGAGGAACAGCUCCCGAGCAGUUCGCAGCUCCGCAUCCGAGAGGGAAACACAGCCGGAGAGGCGCGGAGGGGAGAGGAGAGCAGCGAGCAGCUCUGGGUUACUGAAACCAGUACAGGAGCUGCCAGGACAAACUGAGCUUUUGCCAAAAAUAGCUCUUUCAGGGUUAGGCUUUUUUUUUUUUUUUUCCUUUCUUGUAGUCGAGCGCCCAGCAGAAGUGCCCCAGCCCCAGCGCACACCCAACCUGUCGGCCUGAGGGGCAGCUGAAGCAGCCAGAGCAGAAUGUACCAGGGACACAUGCAGGCAGUAGGUGAAACCUUGAAGAAAAAGUGGCUCUGUCUUCAAAAAAGUGACCUGACCUUUGCUUUGGGCAAAGGCGCUAGGGCGGCCGAUAAGGCUGUGGCCAUGGUGAUGAAGGAGAUUCCGAGGGAGGAGUCUGCAGAAGAAAAGCCCCUCCUCACUGUGGCAUCACAGGGGUGCAGAAGCCAAAAGGAAGCAGAAUCAAGUGAAAAACUGGUGAAUGAGCAACAGGAAAGCAGACCCCUCCUGAGCCCCUCCAUUGACGACUUUCUCUGUGAAACUAAACCAGAAGCUGUUGCAAGGCCUGUAACAUCGAACACUGCAGUAUUAUCAGCAGGUCUGGAUCUCCUGGAUCUUAGUGAACCUGUCUUACAAACCCAAAACAAAGCAAAGAAAUCAGAGAAUCCAUCAAGAAGUGAAGGCUUAAAAGCUUCAACUCACAGAAAGAAGACAGACAAUCCUGACCUUAUCAGUGUGGAUUCUGAGCAGAAAGUCCAGGCUGCCAGAGUUGCAGACAAGUCUUCACUAGAUUUUGUUGAUAUUCAUCAUCCAGAGAAAUGGGAUGAUGUCAGUUUUCAUGGAGACAGGAGUAGCAAGGUCCACCCUUCUGCAGAGCGAAUAUCAUCAUCAUCAUCUAGAGCUCCAUCAAAGGAGAUUUUAUGGUCCACAGAAAACAGAUCACAGUCUGAGCUGACUAAUGUCAAGAGUGCCUUGGACUCUGAUUCUACAUCAGAAUUAGAACUUGCACCUGCAAUACAGGCACGAUCAACUAGGGAGCAGCGUUGGGGAGCACCUCUUCUUUCCAGAAAUCACUCCUUGGAAGAGGAAUUUGAAAGAGCAAAGGCAGCUGUUGAGUCAGACACAGAGUUUUGGGACAAAAUGCAAGCAGAAUGGGAAGAAAUGGCUCGCAGAAACUGGAUUUCAGACAACCAGGAAACACCAGGGCAAGUCACCAUCUCAACCAUUGAGAAGGGUUAUUAUUUCCAUACUGAGAAUCCCUUCAAAGACUGGCCUGGUGCUUUUGAGGAAGGACUGAAAAAAAUGAAAGAAGGUGACCUUCCUGUUACAAUCUUGUACCUGGAGGCUGCUAUUCUACAAGAACCCAACGAUGCAGAGGCCUGGCAGUUCCUGGGUAUAACACAGGCAGAGAAUGAAAAUGAGCAGGCAGCAAUUGUCGCCCUCCAAAGGUGCUUGGAACUACAGCCAAACAAUCUAAAAGCUCUGAUGGCCCUGGCUGUAAGUUAUACCAACACUGGCCAUCAACAGGAAGCCUAUCAAGCUCUGAGAAACUGGAUAAAGCAAAAUCCAAAAUACAAGUAUAUAGUGAGAAGCAAAAAAGGGUCCCCAGCGCUUAACAGGAGGAUGUCUAAGACAGCAGAUGAAAGCUCAUUACUCGAAGAAGUAAAGGACUUGUACCUAGAGGCUGCUCACCAGAAUGGUGAUAUGAUAGACCCUGACCUGCAGACAGGACUUGGAGUUCUUUUUCACCUGAAUGGAGAAUUUAACAGAGCAAUAGAUGCAUUUAGUGCUGCUUUAACUGUUCGACCAGAGGACUAUACGUUAUGGAACCGUCUUGGAGCGACCUUGGCAAACGGGGAUCGCAGUGAAGAAGCUGUCGAGGCCUAUACACGCGCUCUGGAAAUACAGCCUGGCUUCAUUAGGUCCAGAUACAAUUUAGGGAUAAGCUGCAUCAACCUAGGGGCAUACAGAGAGGCUGUCAGCAAUUUUCUCACUGCUCUCAGUUUACAAAGAAAAAGCAGGAAUCAACAACAGGUUCCCCACCCUGCUCUAUCAGGCAAUAUUUGGUCUGCACUUCGGAUUGCUCUGUCUAUGAUGGACCAGCCAGAACUAUUUCAAGCUGCCAACGUGGGUGAUCUAGACAUUCUCUUAAGAGCUUUUAAUCUAGAGCCGUAAUAAAAAUAUCCACAAAUUGAUUAAAUUGUAUUAGGAAACAGAACUUUUUUAUUACUCAUCCCCAAAUGACCACAUUUUCCAAUAGAUCAUGACUGUAGAUCAGUAGGGGAAUUAUUUCAGACGUUAUUCGAAAAGGAAAAGUUCAAAAGCACAAAAAUACUGUAAAUAAAUUCAAAUUCAAAUGAUUGAAAUGAGCUGUGGUAAUCUGACAAAGCCCUGAAUUAGAUGAAAUAGGAAUUUCUGAAGAACCUUCAUCCCAUGCAAGCUAUAUCUUUCUAUAUAUACACAGCUUUACAAAAAAAUGUAUACUAAGAACAAACCUAGAUAAUGGCUAUUGCACAUUAGAACGGCAAGCAGUGCAUCCAAGGAACCUGCUUAGUAGCUCGUUGCACUAUGCUGACCCCACUUUGCCCCACAAUGGGGAUUCCCUAUCCUUUGAUUUCUUUGAUGAAAAUUCUUAUCAAGGUCCGUUUUUAACACAACUCUGAAAGUAGAUGCAUGUAAAAUGGAUGUGUUUUGUUUUGGAUAUAUCUAUUAGCUGGCAACCAAUUUUUGCUUCCAAAGGUACCUCGGUUAAUUUGGGCCCAGUUCUGCAGGCUCAUAAACCAUGUGCAAUGUCAGGAGCAACAUUGUCCAUGGGGGUCUAUGGGAUGAGGUCGGGUACACGUGGGAAGGCCGAGUGUUGCCAGCAGAAGGGGCAAUUUGCACUAGAAUUGUUACUGUUCAAACCAGCUGUCCUUGAUCUCGGACAGAGUCUGUCUGCUUCAAAGGAGCUCAUGGCAGGGUCUGCACCUAUCUGUGUACUUAUGCACUUUAAUCUUUCUUUUUGUAAAAUAGUGCUAUGCUUUUAUUUUAGUUACCAAAAACAGAAUGUACAGGAUGGCCUUGUUGGCACAGAGGACCAACUAUCAUUUCCUGAAAUGUAAUGAGAGGGUUUUCAAUAUUCUUAUGUUUAGAAAGAUGCAAAUACAGUAUAAACUGCAUUAACAACUAGAAAGAUUAUUCUAUUAUGCAUCCAUCAGGUACUAUACAUAUACAUGCAUGUGCAUGCACAUACAUGUUGUAUCCAAAUGAUGUCAUUUCAGAACAUAAAAAGCCACAGAUCUUUAUUGCAAAUAAAGAAAAAUCUUCAUAGGUGUUACUGCCUGCAGACCAUGCUCAAGGGAAAACUUUCCCUGAAGAAAUUGGUCUAUAUAGUGCUUGUAGGAUUGAGACCAAGACUUGAUCCUGCUAUUAUGGCAAACAGUAGCAAGAGUCUCUGUGACCUCCGUGAGAGCAGAGUAAAUCCUUAUAUAACACCAGUAUGUGUAGCUACUUACAAAUGUGUAUAUAAACACACCAUGUUAAUUUUCCCUGAUUGGAUGAAUGGGGAAUAGUGUUGGGGCAGUACAUUUCCAUAUGAUGAAUGGAUUGAUUGGCUACAAUCAAACACAUUUAGCUCAGGGUGAAUGCAUCAAUCAAAGAAGGAAUAGAAAUUUUUUGGAGGUGAUUUUCAGUUGCUGAUAUUUUUAAUGUUUUUCCAAAAUAGUGAGAGAGAAAAGGUGUAAUUAGAUGGCUACUGUGCCGACCUGUGGUCAGGAAUUCAAUGCAUAGAAUAGCUUCUGGAAUGUGGUAAAGUGGGACAAAUGGCACAUUUCUUAUAAACAACAUUAAAAGAAAAAUCCGGCUCAGCCAGAUAAAAAAGAAAUCCAACUGCACAGAUCACAGAGAAAGAAGCUCUGUGGGAGUUGGACAGUUUCACCAGUACAAACCUUAAGUUUCUUGCAGCUGUCUGUUAUUUUCAGCAACCACGUAAAGGAAAAUUCCAUGUAAGACAGUGUAAUCACUGCAUCUAAUCACCAUCUAUAGUUUGUUAAAAACAAAGAAUUGAUAGUCAUUAAAAAAUAAAAGGCUUACCCCUCACUCUCCCCCACAGAUCAGAGAUGCUGAAACAGCUACAGAAAUUUUUCAGGAGUGUUUUAUUAAUUCAUUGUCUACAUCUAUAUUCCUGUUUAUCUAUCGUUUCAUAACUGAUUCCUGCAGCUUUCUCUAAGGAUGGGGUAUGGGACUGACUGGGAAUGUCACUUUAGCUAAGUGGGCUGCUGUAUUCAUAUCUGCUGACAACAGUUUGCUCUUUUGCUUUGACAGCGAUGUGUGAUGACAGCUCUUUAUUGAUAAGGCAGAGCAGAAGGUGCAGUGCAAUUGAAUCUGGGAAGUGAUAAGAGAGAAGGGAGGCAGCUUUGAGAAGAGGCUGUAAAGCAAAGGCAUAUGUGCUUAGAUUUUGCUUGAUGCCCUGCCAUCAUACAAGUUCCCCUAGAAUAUCCUCUGCGCUGUGGUGUAGGAUAAUCAGUGCUUACCCAGAGGAAUUAGCUGUUCAGGAACUUUAUUUUUAUAUCUUUAAAUUUAAAAAAACAGAUAUUUUUAUAUCUGUAAAUAAAAAAAAAUAAGUACUUGAUUUCUCAGAGUCAGAAUGACAAAGGGCAUUUGAUACCCAUGGCAGUCCACCAAACAUCAUCUUCAGCCUGUGGAUGAGUAGCACAGCAGUUGUUAGGAAAACCUAAUGCAACUCCAAGCCUCUCCAAAAGGAGACUAAGUAGGAAGUAGCUUUUAGUUUAUCCUGAGAUGCACUGCUCCAAACUACACUCAUCUGCUGAUGCAUGUCCACACCCGUGGGAUUGGUACGAGCUGUCUGUGUAACCUUGAGACAAAUCACCAGGGCUGAACUCUGCCUGCUGAGGGGAGGCUCAGGCCCACAGGCCCAUCAAGAGCACUGCAGUUCUGCUGCACAGAACAUGGGCUUCAAAGCCUGUCCAAAGAGAUGGUGCACACCCUUGGAGAUUAUCCCAGCCAUUCUCUCCUGUUGUAGACAGCCUAUGGCAAGUUAACCACGUACCACUGAUUGAGACACUGGGAGAGGGGAAGGAUAAAGCAGGCAGACUUCUAGGGGCCAGUGGCACAUCUCCUCACACAGUUCUGUCCUGGUCAGUGUGGGAGAGCAGCUGGAGACUGAGCUCACCUCUCUCUAACAGGUCAGACCCAGCAGCUCUUGGGACUUUAGGGGACUUCUUUAGUAUCCUGGCCUUUAUCGCCCCCCUUUAGCCCCCACUGCCAAGCACUGUCAUUGCAGCAGACAGGAUUAGACACAGCUUUGAUCUGACCUCCCCACAGCAUUCCUUAAAUAUUCAGGGGCAAGCACGUAUACUUGCCUGAAACAGCAAGAGGAAAUGUGUGGAGGCUGCAGCAUAUUAACAACCUGAAUAGAAAAUUCAUCUACUUGUACUUCAAGCAUGAGGUGGGAUAAAUAAGGCGGGUGCUAAACAGUAGCAGAUUGAGCCUGAGAGUGAGAGACAGCAAAUCUGGGUCCUCUUCUCAAUGCUCCCUGUGAGCUCGACCAAGUCAAAACCUCCUGCCAUCCGUGACACCCAGGUGUGCAAGGAAGGAAGAUGGGAAAUAAUAGUCAUUGCAUGUGGUGGCACUGUGUGGGAGCAGGGGAGUGGAGCUGUCCCACAGACUGCAUGGGUGAGGUCACCACUCACCUGGAGAGGAAGGUAACACACAAACACAAGGUUGCCCAGGUCUAAGGAAGCAGUUUCACACACAGACUAGCAACUUCAGCAGAGAAGAGACUCGGACAUUUCAGGGUAACAACUGCACAGCAUCUAUGGCGUGAGGCCAAAUCAGAGUGCUGCAAUGGUGUAUCACCAUCUCUCCCACCUCUGUUUCUUGUUCUUGUUACUCCCCUCUUUUUCCAGAGGUGAUUUAUCACUGCCAGGUAACUGAUUCCAAGUUUUUGAGUCUUUUUUCUAUUUUAUAUUUCAUGCAAUUAUAAAGCAUUUUCCUAACCCCCAGUUUAGGACUGUCCUUAUCCUUUUUCUCUGCAAAGCUUUAAGAAUAUUUGUGACCUAGAAGCCUGAUCCAUAAAGCUGCCAAGCACUGGAACCCUGGAGUCUUCACAGGAGUGCUCAGUACUUUGCAUGAUCAGCUCACGUGCAGGUAUUCAGUGACCAGGCAAGGGCUGGCUCUGGUACCACUGCACGUGCUGAACAGGCACUGGAAUCACGGGGAUUAUUUAUUGAGUGAGGCUUUGCAAUGAAGGCAAAAGGCUCAUUUCUGGCUGAUCCCAUUAAACUGUAAUGACCACAGAAACUUUGUGGGGACAGGCUUAUGUCAGCUUGAAGAACUGAUUUGAUCUUUAGGUACACAGAUAUACAUACCUGUAUCUAAUGGUAUUUUCUUAUGAUCUGAUAAAUCGUAGCACUUGUAAAAAUAUCGAGGGGGAGGUUCAAAUGACACAAAACCUCAUGUGACAAUAUUGCAUGCAGCUACAUUAACCAGUAACCACUCUAAAGUAUUAACCCAAUGCAUGCAGUAAUGCUACCUGAGCAUGGGUUUACAGAAUGCAUGCAGAAGGCCCACACAUAGGGUAUUUUCAAACUACUGAUUGAUAUCUUCUAUGGAAUAUUUUAAAAGUACUUUGCUUCUGCCAAACUCAAAUCUGACUUGUUCAUAUUAUUUGGAACAGGCUAGACCAAAAGCAGAGCCCUUUUAAAAUCCCAUCCUUAGAAAUCACUUUGUGUUGUGGAUUUCAUGUUUGCUUCAAGCGUUUAAUUAAUAACAGACAUCUGUAGUAACAGUUUUUGCAGACAUGUUUUAGUAUCCUCUCAAGAAUUAAAAAGCCAAAUUUGCACAGCUUUCACAGGGAAGCUGGGUGUUUGGAUUUUCACAUUUUCUUCUCUAGUCUAAACCACACAGCACAAACUAGAGAAAAAGAUUCCAAGAAUCAGUGAAAAAACCGUUGUCUCAGUCUGCACUCUCUUACCAUGGCCAGGCUUUUCAAACUUGCCCAGUAGCUCUGAAAACAGCUCAGUGUUCAAUGUCCUAUUUGAAAUAUGUAGAUGUAAAACUUCACAAGAUCUGAAUAUCUGCUACCUCCAGCUGAAACCUCAGCAUAUGGAGUUAAGCUAAUAAGCCAAAUUUAGAAAACCUGGGCCUGAAAAGGAGGACCCUGACAACACCAACAGAGCAACCAGGUGAUCCUAGGAACAUCCACAGAGCAUGGGCCUCCAGGACACAAAAGCCACCAUGGCAGAAAUAACAACUGAUGCAAUUAUUGGCAGACAUUGUCUGUUGGAGCCAGUGAGAAAUGGAGCAAAACGUAAAUCGGUUGUAGAUCUCUUUUGCCCAAACAUGCAUCUGCAAAAUGAGACAUAUUAGUUAUUUCGCAUGAACAACCUGCACAAUUGAAAAAAUGUGAUUUCUGGUCACCAGUGUUGUCAGCUUAGCAGUCUGUACAGUGAAUUUAUGUAAUAAAUGUUUAUAAUAUGCCAAGUAUUCACAGACUAAAACGAUAAGACAAAAUGCACUGCACGUUGUGAAAAAACUGGUGGAUAUGCAACACAGUAUUAUCUACUAUUCAAACCCUACCUAGGCUAGAAGUCAGAUUCCUUCAUUAUAGUUCUACUGGUUUUGGACUGGUGAAAUAAAUCAGAAAAAAGAAGUACCAGGCAUAAAGAGAUCACUGACACUUUGAACAAACCUAGGCAAAGUGAAAAACAGGCAUGUCACAGAAUCCAUGGGAAGUUUCAGAGCCUCAGCCCACAAAGUAACAGGCAUUCAACAAGGGAGAGAGACAGAAGGAAUCUAAAUUUUCCUAAAAUACGCUGUAACUUUACAAAUGCUUGCAUAUGUGACAGCCCAUUGAGCAAGCUUGCAUGGUCAAGACUUGAUGUGCUUUGAUCUUUUUUCCCCUUCUACAUUUACAGAAUGCCAUCAACAUUGGCUAAACCUUUAAUUUGAAUAGCCUUUUUAAUAUCAGUAAGCUAUUGUAAAUUCAGAAAAAUGAAAGAAAUUUAUAAAUAUAUUUUAUAUAUCAGAGUAUAACAUAUCUAGAGUAAAAUAAAACUAUAUAGUUUUGAGAGGCAUUCUGUGUGGCUUCCUCUAUAUGCUGUAAACUGUUUGAAAAAAAAACCUUUGCAAUCUCGCAUCAGUUCUUUUGGCUUUAUUUUUAAGCCAACAUACGGGAAAGAAGAGAUUAUAGGGUUGGCAGAUACUUUCACCCGGGCCAUCUGAAGAGCCCUGCUGCUGCCCAGACCUGCCCUGCUCCCUUCCCUCCCGGAGUGAGGGUGAAGUGCAGGCGCCAGGCCUGGCAGGGCGGGCGGUGGGUGCGGAGGUGGGAGCUCAGCCCGACACCUGAAUGUUUACAUUCCGUUACCAAGGCUCAUAUUGACCCAGAUUAAGAAUCUGAAUGUAAGAACAUAACGGGGUAAAAGAUCAGUUUCUUACUACAGGUAGCUCUGCCUCUGUAUACUUUAGUGCAUUAUCAGCUGUGUAUAAUAUUAAACACAGACCUUUAGUUUACUGAUGCUUUAAUUUGGUGUUUCCUUGCACUGCUGUUUAAAAAUAACCUAUUUCCUCAAAAAAAAAAAAAAAAAAAGAACGAUGUGCAUACUGGAUGUGUUAAAUUUAUUAAGGUCAUCGAUGACUAUUUGCAGAGCACCACACUUGAUGUAGUAUUUUUGUACUGUAAUGGAAGCAUGCCUUCCUUGGGUUCUUUUCCACAUAUUAAAUUGUAUUUAUUUACCUGUAUUUAUAACUGUGCGAUUUUUAAAUAUGUUUUAAAAAUAAACUUUGUCUGUGGCUUCAAA